AUGGUCUCAGCUCCAAAUGAUUGCCUGGCGCCCUCCUUGAAAGAAUGGUCCAAAUGUCGACAUCACGUGAAUCUCAUCUAUGCCUCCGCUGUGCCUGUCAAUGCCUACAGCAACACGACCGAGUCGCUGGAGAAUGUGCGCCUGCAACGUGCCGUGGCCUCGUUGCUGCUGCGCGGGGCCUACUUCGGAGCCCUGAAACUGGCCCUGGAGACGGCCAAAAGCAGGUCCAAGCGCAAGAAGAUCUUUUUGCUGCCCCUGGGAGGCGGUGUUUUCAACAACCCAUUCAAGGACAUCGCCAAAGCCAUGGUGGAAGCUUUGCAUAUGGCCAGUGGCUUGUGUCCUGAGGGGGUAAAGCUGGAAGAAGUGCUUGAUAUUCGCGUCCUGACUUGGAAGGGCAAAGCGGAGGAAGCUGAACGUUUUAAGCAUUUGCUCAAAGAGCUGGGGCAGGACGUCAAACGCAUGGAUGAAAUCCUCGAGGAGGAGCAGUCGGCCAAGCGUGACAAGAGCUGUGACCCCAGUGCUGGUGAGCUGAAAACCAAGAUCCAGGACGUGGCGGCAUUAUUGGACCGGGAAUGUCAGACACGGCAGGCUGAGGACAUUGCCAAUGAACUCCUGAAGCGUCGCAGUGAAAUGGAUGCAGUGAAGGAGAAUCUCAAGGCGAUCGAGGCCAAAGCUACACAGAAUGGAGGAGCAGCGGAGCGUACUAAGGGCCAGGUAGAUUACAGCUCCAGCUGGAUUUUAGGCGUCAACAUGAAAGACUUCACCGACUUGGUGGAGAUCGAGUGCAAGGUGCAGCCGGCCCAGCGCCGCCUUGUGAAAUCCACCGGUUGGAGCUUACAGAAGCCCUCCUGGCCAAUGGGAAUUCUCGAGACGCGGGCCAGCACAGCCUUUGUGUUUGGAGUUUCUUCAGGGCCUUGUGUCCAGACUUUGGAUGACUUCGACUUACGCCUCGGUCGUUUGGCCCGGGCACCGAUGUCAAACGGAACUGGCUGUGCAGCAGCUGAAAUCCAUGAGGAGCGUCACCAUGCAGCUUUGAGUGACAUCAUGGACUCUGUCAAGGCCUUUGGAAUGCGAAUGAUUUUCCUGUUUCAAGCAACUCAGGUUCUCUCUUUGAUCGCCGUGCUGGUGGCGUAUCUCUGGUCCAAAACCAGAGCCAUUCAGGACAUUCAGGUCUUACCUGCUUACUCAGCCUUCGUCUAUCAAGGACGGUGGCUGGCAGAGGAUGGGAGAAGAGAAGCAGACUGGCCAUGUACGGCGGUGACCUUUGAUGUCCAGGCCACUGAAGCUCUGCGUUUUGGGAUGGUUUGGAGCACUCUGGGGCCCAGCCGCUUCCAUCUCACAGUGGGGCAUUCCUGGCGUUCCUCCCACGUUGCAUGGCUCAGCUCCAGCAACGUGGCGUUGGUGGAGAUUCCCCAUGCAGGACGUUUCACGGUGGAGCUGCAGAAAGUCAGUGGUUCACAUCCGUUGGGCACUGGACAUAUUGGAUCAUACCUUCCAGCACGCUGGGCCUUCCAUGGUCUGAACAACGUUCCGAAGGAUAUGAAGCUGCUGCGGCCGGUGCCACUGGAGCGUAGGAUCGAGUUCGUGGGCUCUGGCGAAACGCUGGGCUGUGGUGUUGAUGGGAAAGCAGCCUACCCUGCUUUGUUAGCCAAAGAGUUGAAGGCUGCGUAUCAGCUGGAGGCACUGGUUGGAGUUGGCGUGGUGCAAAACGCCUAUCACCACGUGGCACAGCACUUGUUGGGGGACAAAACCUGGCUGCACUACUGGCCCCGGAGGAUGGCCUCAGCGGCGGCCGGUGCGGGUGAGCUGCGUCGUUACCGGCCGCAGCUGGUGGUGGUUCACCUGGGUAUCGAUGACUUCAACCAGCAAGGAGCUGCAGUGCCAACCAACCACACCUUCAGGGUGGUCUACAAGAAGCUCUUGCAUUCAAUCAUCGAAGCCUACGGCGGCUUUGGGCAGAAACUCACCAUCUUGGCGCUCUGUGGGGGACGGUCCAAUGGCUCCAAUGGCUCCAAUGGUGCAGAUCCAUGCGUGGCCUGUAGUCGGGUAGAGGAUGCAGUGCGAUACUUCCACGACACACUGGAUUUGCACGCAGACAAUGCCACCGUCCAAGUGGAGUACUUCUUUCUGCCCUGCUGUGUCGAGACCCCAUGUGGUACGCCCUCAGACUCUGGUGCCCUGACCUCCUUGGGUGGCAUCGGUGCUGCGGAGCAUCAGAAAAUGGCCAGCAGAGUGGCAUCGAAAAUCAGGACGAGAUUGACUAUGAAGAAUUGCAAAUAUUUGCACAUGCAAGAUUUCAUGAGUUACCAACACGUGGUGUUUCACGGGGAUCAAGAAGAAAUCAACGGAGAAGCCGAUCGACCGAUGCGGGUGGAGAAAUUGCGCUCGGCUUUGGCACAGUUGGCCUUGAACCUCCAGUGGGGAGCCUCUUUGCGCAGUUCUCUGGAGGCUGUGAAUGCAUGUUUGGAUGGCAGUGAGAGUGAGCAUUCUAAUUCCUAUGCUUGGGACAGUGCAAGCGCAACCAGGGCGAAGGCAAGGGCGAAGAGGGGCCGCGAGGUGGCGGAGUUGGCGAACCAGCUGCAUCAGAUUCAUCAGCAGGUCUUGGCACAGGAUAGUUCUGCUAUGCAGGCCACCGUGCGAGUGGGUUUUGCCCCGGUGGGUCUUAAGAAGUCUAGGUGCAAGCCAAGUCAGCAGAACUUCGGGGAGACCUGGUCUGGAAACCCAGAUGGUCGGAUGGCCACUGCUUGCCCAGUUGACCAGCUGGCGGAUGGUGAUGCAGAAUCCAUGAUGGGAAUCCCUGUCAGCCAGGCUGGACUGCGUACGGAGUUGCUUCAGAAGCUGGAGGAUGUGGGGGGUCUGUUUGUGCGAUGGGGAAACUCUAUGAAACUCAUGGAUGCUGGCCCAGAGACCAGCCCAGCCGGACAACCAGGUGACAAUUGUGGUCUUGCUCUGGCAGGGCAGAUGCACGAGUUGAUGAGGUUGGUGCAAAUCAUCGCUCAGGGCACCGAGCAUUUAGGGGAGAAGCUCUGCGACGAGGUCUCUGAUCGCCGGCAAGCAGAUGCUACCUUGGCUGGACGAUUGUCCUUUGUCGAACGGUUUGUUGGCGAGGUGCCAGGACCACCAGAGGUGAUGGGAGAAGUGGAAUUUUCCGCUGGAAGCCCAUUGUCGCUCAGCAAGCCGCCUUCAGAUGGAGCAACAGGUUCUGGAGGUUUGCUACAACCUGGUGGUUUUCCUACAGAGGGUGCCAACAAGCAGUCUUUGGUCAGUGACAGCCUAAAGGACUCCCUGGAACAGCUGGUGACACGGGUGAAUCGCAUGCUAAAGCCUGGGCAGGAGAAGCGAACACCACGACAGGGCAGAUCGCUGAACACGUCGCAGCAGACUUCAGGUGACUUUGGAGGUGCAUUGCGACCUAGGCAACAAUUGGAUCGUCAGAUCUCCAAUAGCAAGAUGCCCAACAGUGGUAAGGCGCGUCCUGCCCCUGGCCCAACAAGUCCAAAGCCAGAGGCCAGAAACUAUGGAACGCCUCAAGUUGGAACGCCUCAAAUUGGAGGCGAGUCCUGGUAUGAGAUGCAGAAGCUGGUAUCCCCAGGCCGAGCGAGCUUUGUAGCUGGUCAAGGCCCCACGUCGGUUAUUGCUCCAAGCCAACCACGUCAAGCGAACCCACAGCCAAAGCAGCUGCAAAGGGUGCGCGGCUGCGGGUGUUGGGCAAGUUUCUAUGAUUUUUGGCUCCUAAAAUUGUACUUGGGUUUGAUUAAGCACCAAACAUAUGAAGGUUUAAGCAGCCCUGAAUUUUGA